AUGUCAUCUCGUUCGACUCGCAACAGCCAGUCUGCAGCUCUCGAUGCCUUAUCCACCGCAGUUUCGGCCGAACCAUCCUGUGCGUCGGCGAUCGCCGAUCCGGCGGCUAAUCCCCCUUGCCCAUUCGUUGCUGCUUCUCCUGCUGUCGCGGCCGUUGCUCUCCAGCAAGAUCAGCCGUCUCCUGCCUUCCUGGCAACUGUUGUGCAAGCGGUGAAAGAUGCUUUAGCUGCCGACCGAGCACCGGCCCGCUCGGUUCCUAACGCCAGUUCACAGCCUUCGACUACAACCAUACUUGGGGGCGUUCCCGUUUCUUCGAGCAAUCUUGCCUCCUAAGCCUCGGCCUUUUUGACCUCUGGCACCGGCGUUUUACCCACUUCUGCAAGCUCAGCGUCCCAAGGUAGGCCUAGUUAUGUUGUGCCCUCCUUUAUUUCUACUUUUCCGAUUCCCUCACCUGCGGUGUCCCUUCCCUCGUUUGCUUCUGGGCCUUCCUCGUCAGCGAGCGUGUCCUCGUUUUCAUCCCUUCCCGCGCUACAGCAACCGUUCGUCGUCGGCCCGGGUUUCUCACCCAUCCCGGCCAAGUUGGUGGGCCAAAUCGUCGCUGGCAAAUUCGUCGACUUGAGCGAGCUGCUCUCCUCGAACAUUGCUUCGGCGGAGCCCGAGCCUCAACUUUACUUCGAAGGACGGCUUGUUCUCACAUCCACGCCAAAGAAACCCAAACGGCGCAUAGAAGAUAUCACCAGCUGGCUGGAGGCCUUUUCCAUCUAAUGCCUCAUUCUCGCUUCCCAUUUCCCUCAUCGCUGGAAAGACCUGAUGAACUACCAGCUACUUAUUUUGCGUACGCACCGACAAUUUACUGGUCGGGUUUGGUUCGCAUAUGACCGUGCAUUCCGCGAGCACGCGGCAGCUACGAAUCUAACCGAGUGGUCGUCCAUCAACGUCCAGCUUUUUAAUUUCCAUGCCGCGGGAGCGGCUGUACGAGCCUCCAACGCUCCUGUAGAUGGUUCUCCCGAGCCUCGUGGAUCUGCCUCCUCGACUAUUGUGUGCAAGUCGUGGAAUCGGGGACGGUGCGUGGCCCCCUAUGCUUCGUGCCGUUUCGCCCAUAUUUGUUCGAACUGUUCUGGCCUGCAUCGUGUUAGUGCUUGCCCUGGCCAAACAUCAAACCAACCCAAUGACACCGUGAAGCGGCGUUCUGCCUCCCCUUCAAGAUCCAGGAGCAAAUCCAGGCGUCUUUGA